GUUUAAUUUGAAACAUUUCUAAUGAGCAAAAAAAAAGUGGGGCUGUAGCUUGUGUAGUAAAUUUGCCCAGUACAGGUGGUGAUGACAACCUUUCUCCACAAGAUCACCGCCCUUUACCCGUGAUUGCGAUUCACUGCUGCCGUUUCAGCAGUAUCCCACCGAUUGAAGCUAUCUCCUGUGCUAGAUAAAGUGUUGCUACAUCAUUCACGCGCUUGAGAUAUAAAACAAGCGCUGUAUUGUUCGCUGAAGAGGCUUCCCGACAAGAAGCAGCUGCAUCAAACACACCAAACCGUUAAACGCCGCCCCCUUUUUUACUUCACCAGCUGCCGCUUCGCUUUGAGCCGGCACAAGUGGAGAACCACAAGUCAACUGACGGAGAUGCAAGGCAUGUGGCUUCUGCUCACAGCUGUGCUGUGCUCCAGCACCGCACACGCUUUCAAGGCUGCCGUUUAUGAGCACGUACAAAGUAAAACCAACUCUACAGAACAAGCAGUUGCAGAAAAUUUACAGGCAUACUGGUGGGCCACUGAAAAUGCAUCCAGUGAGGGUGCACACAUCAUCGUGUUUCCAGAAGAUGGCAUCCUCUAUCGAUUGAAAGAUAGGGAAGAAGUGGCCAAGUUUGCCGAGGACGUUCCAGGCAUUAACACGACGAUAUGCGGGUCUCAGAACAUGUCCAUUCUUUCCAACUUGAGCUGCAUGGCACAAAAUAACAGUAUAUACCUGGUGGCCAACCUCAUCGAUAGAAAGCCCUGCAACGAGAGUGACCACAGCUGUCCCCGCGACAAGGUCAAAUAUUUCAACACCAACGUGGCCUUCGACCGCAACGGAACACUCGUCGCCAGGUACCACAAGAACCACUUGUUUAUCGAACCCUUCAUGAACCCUGCUGACCCGUACGAGUUUGCUGUCUUCAACACAGAUUUCGAUGCCCGUGUGGGCCUUUUCAUUUGUUUCGACGUCCUCUUUGCCGAGUCAUCCCUGCUUGUUGAGAAGCACAAUGUCACCCUGGGCGUCAUGAGCAGCUGGUGGUUCGACGAGCUUCCUGGCUGGUACUCGGUUGGAGUACAGCAAGCCUGGUCCAUACACAACGGAAUUCCUCUGCUGGCAUCAGGAAUUCAGCGUCCUGAAUGUAAGCAUUUACUGAAGGGCUCCCUAGGAAGUGGCAUAUACGCUGGACGCCGUGGUCCCCUCAACUACACUUACAGCCCAGAUGGGGAGAGCAAGCUACUGCUGGCCGACCUGUCUAGGACCACAUCACUGAAUCCUAGGUACCCUGGUGACGAGCUUCAUCCUAAGAAGCGUUUGCUGAUGCAAGGGGACGUGAGCGACCAUGCCGCGCAGCUGCUUGGGCGACCCAAGGGUGACAGCCGCGUUUGCCACUGGAGACUUUUGUUGCUCACUCUCGUACGAGACUCGAGAACUCAAUGCAUCCUCGCUGUCUGCAAAUCCGAUAACUACACGGUCUGCAAGAACUUCACGACUCGCUCGACCACAAAGUUCACCAAGCUGCAAUUGACGGCUCAGUUUGCGACAAAUGCCGUGUUCCCCGUGGUGGCUUCGGAUGAGCUAGCCCUAACACCCAAGGACAAGUGGCAGUUUGAGACGACCUCAACCAACGCAAGCACCCUGACUCUCAAAGAAAAUGGCAAGGACGAGGAUAUUCUGCACAUCAUGCUGUAUGCCCGUUUGUACAAUGCUGACAGGUUUACCAAAUGAUUUGACCGACAUGGUCACAGUAGCCACACAUUCGGCACUCAUGACCGCCAGCGUCGUCUAUGUGUAUGAUUGUUUGUUUUUUAACAGGAGGGCACUUUCACUGAUUUGCGUUAGCACUUUGGUUGUUGUUUGCCUAUCAAGUUACAUGUGUUUUUGUUAUUUCAAACCAGUGUCCUUCUUUUUGGCUUUUGUUUCUCUGAGGCUUUAUUGAUUUCGAACGUCAAUUACGUUACUGUUUUGACAAUGAUCAAACACGUGCCUGGAGUAUGCACUGCACAUGCAGUUUACACCAUUACAAGCCCCCCUUUUUUUUUAUAAGGCACACCAAUUGUAUCAGUGAGCACCCGAGUCUUGGACAUUACAAGGUGAAAAACAAGAAUGAGAAGGAAGGGGUCAAAUGUUGCUGCCGACCGUGUUGCAGUUUUCACAGGUCUAGCUAUUUUCCUUACUCCUACUUAUUGAAAAGAUAUCGCGCGGAAUUCGAUAUUGCUAAAGCCAUUGCCAUAGUUACGUGGAGGUCUUAGUAUCACUGAGAAAGUUGUCAUUAAAGCUUUAUUUGCAAGUCUCAGAUUUUAGCUUACUAUUUGCAGUGUAUAUUUAAUGCUCACGGGGGAUCCUGCGGGUAAAUGCAUGUGUGGUGUGAAAGCACUGUCGAAUGCUCAUGGCGGUUUUAUUUAAAGUAUGUUCUAGCACUAUUGGCUCACUUUGUUGUCCAGAGUGUGUCAUAGAUCACAUUUCACUGUUUUCGAGCAAGAUAUAUAUUUUAAUUCUGGAGUAUGUUACAGUGUGCAUUCGUUAAACAAAAUGUUGCCUGCACCUGCUUAAUUUAGUAGUGCAGGCUGACUUAAAUUGCCGAGAAAGGACAGUAUACAGGGCAUGUGAGAAGGCUUUUAUUUUAUGCACCAUGCGAAGAAGGUAUGCCACAUCAAUUAGUACAAUCUAAUAUAAUGGAUGUGUUCCAAUACUCACUGCAGACAACUAAAUAGACAGAUAAAUGGACAACGGGCCAUCUAAAGUCCAAUUACCAAUUCUCGUGUAGCCGGCAAACUAGACAGCUCCGAGAAGACCGCAUCAUAGACAAAUAUGAUGCAAGCUGCUUUGCUGUCCAAAUAAGAUGGCGGCACAGCGAAUCACUCAGGAUAGAUCGGAUCUCGCCAAAAUGGUUGUAUGCACACAAGCAGAUGCUUCUCCAGAUGCUCAAUGUGAGUAAUGUUUAAUUUUUUUAGAUGUCAACACGAAAUAAGCCAGAAAAUACAACAGUUUCUUUGUUUUUAGCUUUGUCUUCUCAACACAAGGUGGCGCCUUGUCGCGUAGAAGCCGUUCAGACGUGUUCCAUUUCUUGGACAGCAUGGGCUCGGUGCUGUUUUCUAAGCUAUCUGCGUAGGCAGUCCAUGUGCUGUCUAAGAAUGGGAACACAGCCGUAAUAUUCAGGCUAUGCAAGUUAAACUGUGAUAAAUGUACAUCGAUGAAUAAACAGACUCCUAUUAGUCAUCAAUGCUGGUCCUCUAUACGUUUGUCAGAAGCAGUGCACAACUGAAAAAUAAUGGCAUGAAGCUGAGUUCAUUGAUAUGUCUGCAUUUUCACAUAAUGUGCGUGUGCAAACGCACAUCUUCACAAGGCAUCGGGACCUAUGCAAAUGUGAUAGAAUGUGUGCCUUUUGGUCGUGCGGUUGUCAACUGUGUAAUAUUGUGCUGAUUGAACAAACAAUAAAGCUUGUUUGAAUUUUAAUAA